AUGACGAAAGGUGGGAAAGUAGCUGUGACUAAGGGCUCAGCACAGAGUGAUGGUGCUGGUGAGGGAGGGAUGAGUAAGGCCAAGUCAUCCACUACGUUCGUCGCCACUGGCGGUGGUUCUUUGCCUGCCUGGGCGCUAAAGGCUGUAAGCACGGUUGUGAGUGCAGUGAUUCUUAUAUACUCUGUCCAUCGUGCUUACGAUAUACGACUUACUUCUGUCCGUCUUUAUGGUGAGCUUAUUCACGAGUUCGACCCUUGGUUCAAUUACCGUGCAACGCAGUACCUCAGCGACAACGGGUGGCGUGCUUUUUUCCAAUGGUACGACUACAUGAGCUGGUACCCGCUUGGCCGACCGGUGGGCACAACCAUCUUCCCCGGAAUGCAGCUUACCGGUGUAGCCAUUCAUCGUGUGCUGGAAAUGCUCGGGCGAGGUAUGUCCAUCAACAAUAUCUGUGUGUACAUUCCUGCAUGGUUCGGUAGUAUUGCCACUGUGUUGGCUGCUCUCAUUGCGUACGAAUCAUCUAAUUCGCUCAGUGUCAUGGCGUUUACUGCGUACUUUUUUUCCAUCGUACCUGCACACCUGAUGCGAUCAAUGGCUGGUGAAUUUGACAAUGAGUGUGUUGCAAUGGCGGCGAUGCUUCUGACGUUCUACAUGUGGGUACGAUCGUUACGCAGCUCAAGUUCGUGGCCCAUUGGCGCUUUAGCUGGUGUGGCAUACGGGUACAUGGUGUCCACGUGGGGUGGUUAUAUUUUCGUGCUGAACAUGGUAGCCUUCCACGCUUCUGUAUGUGUACUGCUUGAUUGGGCUCGUGGGACAUACAGCGUCAGUUUGCUGAGGGCGUAUUCACUGUUUUUUGUCAUUGGCACUGCCCUUGCGAUUUGCGUACCACCAGUGGAGUGGACGCCCUUCCGGUCGCUGGAGCAACUGACAGCAUUGUUUGUCUUCGUUUUCAUGUGGGCACUCCACUACUCGGAAUACCUGCGUGAGCGUGCCCGAGCGCCCAUUCACUCUUCUAAAGCACUUCAGAUCCGUGCCCGCAUUUUCAUGGGCACCCUCUCCUUGCUGUUGAUUGUAGCUAUCUACCUAUUUUCGACAGGAUACUUCAGGCCGUUUUCUUCUCGUGUCCGUGCGUUGUUCGUGAAACAUACGCGUACCGGAAAUCCCCUCGUGGAUUCUGUGGCUGAGCACCAUCCGGCGUCGAAUGAUGAUUUCUUUGGUUACCUUCAUGUAUGUUACAACGGCUGGAUAAUUGGCUUUUUCUUCAUGUCCGUGUCGUGCUUUUUCCAUUGUACACCGGGAAUGUCGUUCCUGCUGUUGUACUCUAUACUUGCGUACUACUUCUCUCUCAAGAUGAGUCGUCUGCUGUUACUUUCUGCACCUGUGGCUUCCAUACUCACUGGCUAUGUUGUGGGAUCUAUUGUUGACCUCGCAGCAGAUUGUUUCGCCGCUUCCGGAACAGAGCACGCCGACAGUAAGGAGCAUCAAGGGAAAGCCCGUGGUAAGGGACAGAAGGAACAAAUCACUGUCGAGUGUGGGUGCCAUAAUCCCUUCUACAAAUUAUGGUGCAAUUCAUUUUCCUCCCGCCUGGUAGUUGGUAAGUUUUUUGUCGUUGUUGUCCUUUCCAUCUGUGGACCCACAUUUCUUGGGUCUAACUUCCGGAUAUAUUCUGAGCAAUUCGCAGACAGCAUGUCGAGCCCCCAGAUUAUAAUGAGGGCAACUGUCGGUGGACGACGAGUUAUCUUGGAUGAUUACUACGUGUCGUACUUGUGGCUGCGAAACAAUACGCCUGAAGAUGCCCGUAUUCUCUCAUGGUGGGACUACGGGUAUCAAAUCACUGGAAUUGGCAAUCGCACAACCCUUGCGGAUGGUAACACAUGGAAUCACGAGCACAUAGCAACUAUUGGGAAGAUGCUUACAUCCCCUGUGAAGGAGUCACAUGCUCUUAUACGCCAUCUCGCUGAUUAUGUGCUGAUAUGGGCCGGUUAUGAUGGCAGCGAUUUACUUAAAUCGCCACACAUGGCUCGGAUAGGCAACAGUGUAUAUCGCGAUAUAUGCUCAGAGGAUGAUCCGCUGUGUACGCAGUUCGGGUUUUAUAGUGGUGACUUCAGUAAACCUACGCCUAUGAUGCAGCGGUCCCUAUUAUACAAUCUGCACAGGUUUGGUACGGAUGGCGGGAAGACACAACUGGAUAAGAACAUGUUUCAGCUCGCCUACGUGUCAAAGUAUGGUUUGGUGAAGAUCUACAAGGUGAUGAAUGUGAGUGAAGAGAGCAAGGCGUGGGUUGCAGACCCAAAGAACCGUAAGUGCGAUGCACCUGGAUCUUGGAUAUGCACCGGCCAGUACCCGCCAGCGAAGGAGAUCCAAGACAUGUUAGCGAAGAGGAUUGACUACGAACAACUCGAGGAUUUCAACCGCCGCAAUCGAAGUGACGCUUAUUAUCGUGCGUAUAUGCGUCAGAUGGGUUAG